UAUAAUUAGAGCCAAUGCAUUAGCAUAUGUGAGGAGGGGAAACGCUGCAUGAAGAGAGCAUGAGCACAUCUAUACAUGAGAGUUAGCGUAUCCAUGGUGCACAUGAUAUUAUUGUUCUCCAAUCAUAGGAGAAACACUAAAUAAGAGGGAAGAGAGAAGAGAAUACUUUACUACGACGAUUGUAGGUCCGCGAUUUCCAGAUUCCACAUGGAUAAUAGAGGCAACAAGGCGGGUGGACUAAGAUCGGAUACACCAGGCACGCCACAAGCGCUCGUGGACCGGAGAAACCUUCCCGUGUGCGGUGUGGGGGAGACAAACAGUGGCGACUCAUGUGAGAUGGAGGGAAAAGAUACAAUGUACAGAUUGUAAAUGUAAAACUGAAGCUAGGACGACUCUCCAAGCCAACGAUCCAGAUAAGCCCGUGAAAUCCAUGUGCUUUGGGUCAAUAUGUCACUGGUGCUAUGUGUAACUAGUUGGAUGAAGGGUUGCUCUCCAGCAGCCGAUGAGGAAAGGGCGGCGAUGGUGCCUCUGCCUUCUCCAGCUGGGGAUGAGAUCGUCGACAAAGAUCUGGCGGCGAUGCACACCAAGCGGUGCUGGACGGCGACGGCAAGGGGCGGGGUUGGAGUGGCCAUGGCCAUCUUUGUGCUUCUUGCUUUGCUAUUGCAGACCAAAUGGAUCAACCUCGACGCAGCUUACUACACGUUCUCGCCGGCGGGCACUGGGUUCAGUCAGCAUGGACGCGGCCACUCAUACACGGCGCCCCUGAUACCCAUACCAUUGAGCUGCAGCAACGACACCGACACGUCGUCAUCGACAACAGCGCCACCGCCAGCACCGUCCUCAUCAUCUAACAAACGGCGGUACUAUCCCGGAGUACCGCCGCCUUUGUGCCCGGACUACUUCCGCCACAUCCACACGGACAUGGAGCCGUGGCGCGCGACGGGGAUCGCGCGGGACGCGGUGGAGCGCGCCCAGCCCCACGCCCAGUUCCGGCUGGUGGUUCUGUCCGGCCGCGCCUACGUGGAGAAGUACCGCGACUCGUUCCAGACCCGGGACGUCUUCACGCAGUGGGGCAUCCUGCAGCUGCUGGCCCGCUACCCGGGCCGCGUCCCGGACGUGGACAUCAUGUUCAGCACCCUCGACUCGCCCAGGGUGCUCGCCGCCGACUACCCGUCGCGGUCCGCCGCGCCGCCGCUCUUCCGGUACUGCAAGGAGGAGUCGCGGGAGCUGGCCAUCCUCUUCCCCGACUGGUCCUUCUGGGGCUGGCCGGAGGUGAACGUCCGCCCGUGGGCGCCGCUCAUGGAGGAGCUCGUCCGGGAGAACGCGCGCCUCCCGUGGCCGGAGAGGGAGCCCUACGCGUUCUGGAAGGGCAACCCCGACGUGUCGGAGGUGCGCCAGGACCUGUUCCGGUGCAACAACGACACCGCCGCCGGCAAGGAGUGGAACGCGCGGCUGUUCAAGCAGGACUGGGACGCCGCCGGCCGGAACGGGUUCCGGGACUCGGACCUGACCAAGCAGUGCCGGUACAGGUACAAGAUCUACGUGCAGGGGCACACGUGGUCGGUCAGCGAGAAGUACAUCCUCGCGUGCGACUCGCCGAUGCUCGCCAUCGACACGCCCUUCAGGGACUUCUUCUCGCGGGGGCUCGUCGCCGGCAAGCACUACUGGCUCAUCGACCCGGCCAACAAGUGCCGCGCCGUCAAGUUCGCCGUCGACUGGGGCAACGCCCACCCGGCGCAGGCGCGGCGCAUGGGCGAGGAGGGCAGUGGGUUCACGAGGGAGGAGAUGGGCAUGGACUACGUGUACGAGUACAUGCUCAAUGUGUUGAGGCAGUACAGUGCCCUGCUCCGGUACACGCCCACCGUGCCGGAGAGGGCUGUGGAGGUCAGCCUCGAGUCCAUGGCCUGCCCCAGGCGCGGGCGCGAGAGGGAGUUCAUGAUGGAGUCCAGGGAGAAGUGCGUGGCCGUGGACGAGCCAUGCACGCUGCCGCCGCCAUUCACGGUCGAUCAAGUCAGGGAAAUGGCCGUGAGGGACGAGCAGGUGCGAAGCAAACUACUACAGAUGGUGCGACAUUAGCUAGGCGGCUUGUAUGAAGCAGGUAUUUUUUUUUAAUUGUGGUCGUGACGCAUGUGAUAAUAAG